GUGUAGUUGUAGUAAGUGCAGGACACUCUGCUGUGAUGGUCAGUGCAAGACCCUUAACAGACCUCAAUCAGAGUCCAUCACGAUCACAACUACAAACGAACCGUCUGAGUUAUUGGAGAGCGCAAUAAAUUGACGGAGUAUACGGAAAUAAGAUUUGCUGAAGAAUCUUUUCGGGUUUUGUGGUACUAUGCCAGAAUCCAAAUGCCAUUUGGACAUUCAGCCACUUGGAUCCGAAUGACACCUGUAGCCAGCCUCCAUACUUACCAAACACUAUGCCAACAUGCUUCACAGAAAUGGAUCUUUCUGUACGUGCCGUGGACCCCGUGAGGAGGGAUCUCUGAGUGUCUAGUGCCAUCAUUAUCCCCCAGCUCUUCCUCUCAUUCUCUGCAUUUCUUCAGCUCCACCUGUACGUUAGUGUUCACUGGGAUUUCAGGAGCAUAAGCAGCCGUCAUCACUGAUCUCAUCCUCAGCCCAAAGGUUACGACGACGCUGUUUGACGAUGGCACAGCUUUUGUAUGUCACUGUGGUUUUGGCCAAAGUCUGCUUGCUUCUGAGGCUCUGUGCUGGAGCGGGUCAGAAUCCUGACCAUGUGCUACAGGGCACUGGAGUGAAGCCUGGCUCAGACUCCAGAAGGCCCAGGGGUGACUCUACUCUGGCACCAGAGGAUGCUGCCCGCUUCCUCAGCUGCCACUGCUCAGGACACUGCCCUGAUGACGCCAAGAACAACACCUGCGAGACAAAUGGGCAGUGCUUCGCCAUCAUUGAGGAAGAUGAAAAUGGAGAGGUGAUCUUAAGCUCAGGCUGUAUGAAAUAUGAGGGCUCUCACUUUCAGUGCAAGGAUUCACAGUUUGCACAGACACGCCGAACCAUCGAAUGCUGCCAGUUUGACUUUUGUAAUCGAGACCUAAAGCCAGAGUUACCGCCUCGAGACACUGAACCACCAGAUCCUCACUGGCUGGCCUUCCUCAUUUCAGUGACUGUGUGCUUCUGCACCCUCAUCUGUGUCACUGUCAUCUGUUAUUACAGGUAUAAGUGGCAGACAGAGAGGCAACGCUACCACAGAGACCUGGAGCAGAACGAGGCCUUUAUCCCAGCUGGAGAAUCUCUGAAAGAUCUCAUCAACCUUUCUCAAACCUCAGGCAGUGGUUCCGGGCUCCCCCUGCUGGUGCAGCGCACCAUUGCGAAGCAGAUCCAGACAGUGCGUCUUAUUGGAAAAGGCAGGUAUGGCGAGGUGUGGCUUGGCCGGUGGAGGGGGGAGAAGGUAGCAGUGAAAGUGUUCUUCACUCGAGAGGAGGCCAGCUGGUUUAGGGAGACAGAGAUCUACCAAACUGUGCUCAUGAGACACGAGAACAUACUAGGCUUCAUUGCUGCUGACAUUAAUGGCACUGGAGCAUCUACACAGCUGUACCUGAUCACAGACUACCAUGAGAACGGCACUCUGUAUGACUAUUUGAAGUUCACUACUCUGGACACGCAGGCCCUGCUCAAACUGGCCUACUCUGCAGCCUGUGGCUUGUGCCACCUGCACACGGAGAUCUACGGCACACAGGGAAAACCAGCCAUCGCUCACAGAGACCUGAAGAGCAAGAACAUCCUCAUAAAGAAAAAUGGCACCUGUUGCAUCGCUGACCUUGGGCUUGCUGUCAAAUUCAACAGUGACACAAAUGAAGUGGACAUCCCACUGAGCACACGUAUGGGGACCCGACGCUAUAUGGCUCCAGAGGUCCUGGAUGAGACUCUGAAUAAGAACCACUUCCAGGCCUACAUCAUGGCGGACAUCUACAGUUAUGGGCUGGUUAUAUGGGAAAUGGCCAGACGCUGUGUCACUGGAGGUAUCGUUGAGGACUAUCAGCUGCCGUAUUAUGAGAUGGUGCCAUCAGAUCCGUCUUAUGCGGAUAUGCUUGAGGUUGUGUGCGUCAAAGGACUGCGGCCCACUGUAUCCAACAGAUGGAACAGUGAUGAGUGUUUGAGGGCCAUGUUAAAGCUGAUGUCAGAAUGCUGGGCCCACAAUCCCGCAUCGCGCCUGACCAUCCUACGAGUCAAGAAGACUUUAGCAAAAAUGGUGGAAUCUCAAGACAUUAAAAUCUAAGUGGUUUUUAUUUCGUCUUUGACAUCAUUGUCCCCUUCACAGAGGAGGAGGAGAGUAGGUGAUGGUGACAUCUAACACAACUAUGAAAUAUAGCAAGCUCUCUUUCUCUGCUGGAUCAGACAAUGGUGCCUUUGCUGCUUUCUGUGAAAGCUGUAUCAUUGCAAACUGGGAUCAGAGGAUUACUGCAACAGACUGAAACAGUAAAGUGGGAAAGAUUGACAUAAACCCCACUGCCUUAAAAUACACUCAAGUUAUUCUGCAUAUGUUUCUGUAGAUUCUGGGAUAAAUUUCCUGCCAUAUGGAUGAAAUGCUGUUGACUUCUCAUGGAAUCUGUGUAAAGCAUACUGUGAUUUAAUGUAUGAUGUGUAAUAUAUUAUAGUAAUAGAUGAACUGACAACAGAGCGAAAAAAUAUGCUAUCAAUAUAAUCUCGUCCAGUUAAAAGCUGUUGUAAACUAUCUGAUGUGUGGCAUUUAAAAAUCAUAAUUUAACUAUACAGAAGUUCUUCUCUUAUCCCCCACAGAAGCUUAAAGGUAACGAGAUAUGCAUGCUGCAUUUUCAGUAGAUGUGGUUUAAUUUGUCAAAAUGGUUGUUGCCUAAACCAUAUAUUGUUUGCGUUUUUAAAGCAUGCUGUUUUUAACAUCCUCAAAAUAGAAAACAUUCCCAGUGUGCAAGCCUUUGACCAUAUAGUUUCAUAAAGUGAACCAGCUGCCGAUACAUCUCAUUUUAAUUAGGAAAGAAAACUCUUCAUACUGACAGGUCGAGUGGAUCUUACUGAACCGCAUGCGGUCAGUAUGAACACCCCUUCAAAGUUGCCAAACUACUGUGUUUGUAGUGUUUGUUGAUACAUUCCUGAGUUCACUUUAUUUAGAGAUGCUGGGUGCAGGUUUUUUGGUACGGAUUACUAUGAAUGUGACUUUCGAGGAUUUGGUGAUAUUCUGACCAUAUGUCCUUGCCAAUAUUAUGAAUCUUGUGUUUGAACUGUGUUUAUGUUUGUGAGGAGGCUGAAGGUGAAGGGUACGACUGUAACAUCUGUUAGUCAUCAGUGCUUUAUAUUUCAGUAAGGGCUUCCAAAAUACGGUCUUGGUAACUGGUACGAUCCAAAACACACAUUGUUGCAUGGCAUGUUUACAGAACUCCCAUGCAGAUUGAAUUUUUUUAUUCUUUAGAAAAUGCAGUGUUGUGUUCUAGAAUA